AUGGCGCUGGAGAUGUCGUCGGGAUAUGGCGGCUAUGGCGGCUAUGGCGGUGGUCGCUUGUUUGUGUUUGUGCUGAGCGUGCUGGUCGCCCUCGCACAGCAGCCACACCUGCACCUCGCACGAGCCGACUGCCCCGACGAUAUUGGCGUCGACGACACGGUCGAGGUCAAGUCGUGUUCGGCCGGCAGUGCGUUCAUUGUGACACAGGGCAUGUUCAGCACCAGCAACGGCGACGACUACGCCAUCGACGCCACAGGUGCAUGCAAUCACAUUGACGUGCAAGCAACAAGCUUCGACGACUUUGAGCUCAACAUCAAGAGCGGCGCAGAGAUCGACACCAUCGUCUUCACAGGCAUGACAGCCGUCGACGACAUGUACAUCUUCGUGGACGGCGACGUGUCGUCGAAGAUUGAGUUCCCAAACCUGCAAUCCGUGGACUGUCUCCGGAUUGAGGCGGCGGUGGAUGUGCCCCUCAUCUCCUUUCCCUCCCUCAAAGCUGCGACCAACAUCCACCUGGAAACGAAGAACGACGCCUCCCUCAGCGUCACCAUCGGAUCAAGCACCUCAAAGACGUUUGAGACUGCAGGUGAUGUGGAGAUGGAGAUUGAUGGGGACAUGGUCCUCAAGGUGUACGGAAAUUGCGGAAGCAUUGAUCACCUGGACAUGGACCGGGAUGCAGGCGUUGGUUAUGCCAUAUUCUACAACAUGGCCGAAGUUGCGGAGGUCUCGCGCAACCACAUCUUCAAGUGCUUAACGUACUGGGAUAACAGGCGCACAUCAAACCUCGAAAACAGCCAUUGUGUGCCGCAGCAAACGACAACCACAGCAGUGUCACCAACGGCAUCAUCAACGGCACCCACCGACUUCAUUGUUGGCGACGACAUAUAUGCGGUCAACGCUGGCGACAGCAACUCGUACACAGACACAGAGGGCCGCGUGUGGCAGCCCGCAGGCUCCUACAUCCAAGGCAGCACGUUCGUCCAGAGCAUCAACAUCGCCAACACAAACGACGACACCCUGUACCAGUCAGAGAAGUACGCAAGCACGCUCAGGAUGAACUUCCCCGUGACUCGCAACAAGUGGUACCGCGUGUUUCUCCACUUUGCUGACAUCUGCGAAUGCACCGACCAGCCUGGAGAGCGCGUCUUUGACAUUUACAUUGAGGGCACGCUUGUGGAGAGUAACGUGGACUUGACCGACAGUGUUGGGUGGGCCACGGCCACGGUGAAGGUGUUUGAUGUGUACGCGGGUGACACGAACCUCGACAUUGACUUCACCAGCUCUGCAAACAAUGGCAAGAUCAGUGCAGUGCGCAUUGCACAGUUGGUGCCGGUCACAUCGACAACAACAAUGACAACCACACCGAUGACAACAACAACCACAUCAACCACUCUGGCCUCGAGCACGAUGAUGACAACAACUGCUGAAGAGGCGACAACAACCACAACAACAACAACCACGUCUACAACUACAACAACUACAACCACGUCCACAACAACAACCACGUCUACAACGACAACGACAACAACAACAACAACAACAACAACAACAACAACAACAACAACAACAACAACAACAACCACCACCACCACCACCACGACAACAACAACAACAACAACAGCAACAACAACUACAACUACAACAACAACAACAACAACCACCACCACCACGACGACGACAACAACAACACCAACAGCAACAACAACUACAACUACAGCAACAACAACAACUACUACUACUACAACAACUACAACCACCACCACCACCACCACCACCACGACAGCGAAGUUGGCCACGUUGUCAACAGCGUCGCCCUCGGAUCACAUGAACCUGACGGCAUCGACGUCCUCCUCGGCGCCAAGAGCCACCGACGUGACAGCACAGUCAACCUCAGAGCUCUCCACGCCAACGUCAACAGCAGCAGACAUCAACCCGCAAACGAGUCGCAGCGGCAGCGGCAGCACGGACAUGACGACCAUCAUUGUCGCCGUCGUCGCUGGCGCCAUCGGUCUCAUCGCCGGCAUCUUGCUUGCCGUAUUCGUUCGUGGUCGCAGCAAGCGCACGAAGCUGCCAAAGACCCGCACCACACCGCCCAUCACCAUGAACCCAACGUACGACCCGUCGCCCCGCUCGCGUCAGGAUGGACUUGCAGGCGGCAAGAUGAACAUGGCCAUGUAUGACGACGAGUACGCUGACCCGAACGAGUGCCGCACGUACGAACAGCCUGUUGUCGGCCACGGCGGUGUUCAGGAGAACACAUACGAUGUACCAGAUACGUCGUGGUCCGAGCAACCCUACAUGGUGCCAACACCCGCCUCGAGCGUGAAAGGUAUCCACAGCCACAGCGGCAGCAGCAUUCGCAGCUCCAUGCACCAGCAGCGACCACUGCCUCCACCUGGGUAUGGCGUGCGCCUCCAGGACAGCAGCGAGAACGUGCAUUACGAUGUCGCUUCCCCAUCAACGGCAACUGAUGUGAACAGCUCUGCACGCACGGGGCAACCCCAGCUCCGCCUGUAUGACAACUACCCAGCCGUUGCCAGCACCUGUGAUGACGAAGACAGUGCUGAAGAAGGCGUUGACACCACAGACCGUGUGUAUGAGACGCUUCCGCCCAUCUACGACAAUCUUGCGGUGUCUCCGAAAGCGAACCAUCUCGUGCAACUGGGCGACGGCGCUGGCUUUGGCUUCGACGCUUAAGGCUUCACGGUGCUAUCAACACGCCAUACCCCUCCACUGUGUUGUGUUGUGUUGUGUUGUGUGCUUGGAGCUGCGUUUGGAUUUCCCGUGCCCUUCCUUCCCCCUCCUGCUUAAUGUCAGCUGGACACGCUUCUCGUUGGGAGCCUGCAGCUGCCCGGCGUUUCAUGCCUGCUUUCAGUUCCCCUGUCCCUUUGUUGUUC